AUGCAAAACACUCCAGCAGCCUCCUUUUGUUCUCUUGAUGCAGAUUUGCGCAUCCCAAGCAAUGCCAACGACGAAGCGCUUGACAGGUUUUUCUCGUCGUUUCUUCCCCAAACAGCAGCAUUGACUUCGUCUCUUGCACUUAGCAGCACUGCUGCUCCGACCAACAGCGAUCUGGUAGCUAUCCUUGAUGAGGCUUUGGAAAUCACCCAAAGUACAUUGGACGAAAUGAAUACUCACUUUCGACUCGAUCAACAAGACGCUGUUCCAAGCCAGUAA